AUGCCUCCUCCUUCCUUGCAGUGCAAUGACUCUCCUUAUCGCUUCCCACCCCCUAGUCCACCUGUCCAUCGUUGGUUGCAUCAGUUGGCCUCAAGCUCGUCCACCUCGACGACCGCCGCCGCCGGUGCUCGAUCGGCGUCGACGACUUCGCGUGCCGCUCCGCAAUCGCGGGCACCGGCGGCGGCCCAAGCGCCUCCAGGCUCUCCUUUCCCCACUUUUGACUCGGAGCCACCCCGCGAGCUCGACCCCUUCAAUUCGUCCGAGGUCGGCCAAAGACACUCGAAUGGCUCCGAAAAGCUCCGUGAGCAGACCAUAGAUGCGAGUAGAGUUCGAUACGCCGAUGCGCAAGCACGCGAUGCGAUCUCGGAGUUUGGUCUGUUCCAGUGCCAGGGCGCUUCGACCAAGACGGACUGGAGUUCACCGGUCGCUGCCAUCUUGGGUGGAAACGGUGCCAAUCGAGCCACACGCUCCCUAACUACCCCUUCUCGAGAUUCCAUUUUGAUCGUCAAUUCGACUCCGUCGUCCGAUCAUUUUUCGACGUGGCCCAACUCGAGCUCGUCCUUCUCGACGCCACUGUCUUCGAUCCUCGACGACUCGCGCGGAAGUGAUAGUUCGUUCCUCGAUACCUCCGUCUCUUCCCAUAAGCCAACACCACCUUCCUUGUUCCCUACCUUCAGCGAAUUCUUGCCCUCAAGAGCUACCUCAUCAAGGCAUUCACAAUUCGACGAGGUUCAACCUCCUCGUGCCUCUGCUGCGGCGGCCGCCCCGUACAACCCCCCUUCGUCUUCUUAUCGCUCGCUUCGACAUCACCACAACGAACUACUCCCAUCCGCCGAACUCGAUUUUCCGAAGAUGGUUACAGACCAAGACAAACGACAUUGGAGGUCAGGUUACGACUCUGAAAGUGGCUCGAGUGGACCCGCCAACUUCUCAUUGCCCAGGUCACCCGCCAAACCUAUUCGUGCGGGGCACAAUUCUUCCUUUGCGUCGCCUGGAAAGCCAUUCGGUGCUCAUUUGAAUCAGAGCUCUCACUCGAGCCUUGGUACUCCGCUUUCAAACACUCGGAAGGACACCUUCGGUGAUGUCAUGAGCGUACCUGCGUACACAACACCCAUUCGAUCGCAAGCUUCAGCUUGUCGCGUGCCCAGCUCGUCGGACUCGAGCGGUGGUGGCUCUCAAUCCAGCCCCCUGCGCACGCUCGUGCCUGUCGCAUCGAUGCUGGGCAGUGACGAUGACUCCAACUUGAACACACCUUACCCUUUGAACCCAUUCGAUACCGACCGCAUCGCUCGACUUCAUGGCGGUCGUAUCCCUCGAAUCGGCCAACUUGCGCCCGCCGAGUCGACGUCAGCGAACCAGGCUCCAAUCAUCAACACGGGCAAUGUUGGUCCGAUGCAGCGUCAGCAAGGCGAUUGGACGUGCGAAUGUGGUUUCGUGGUAAGACUCUUCCCUCUUCACCGCGACGACAUGAUUUGAACCUACUGACGAGCAGAUGAUGUGCAGAACUGGCGCCGUCGCAAGAUCUGCCUGCGCUGUUUCCCCUUCGCGCAUGACUUGGCCAACUCUAUCACGAUCCAUCGCUCUCAAUCGCUCAGCAAUGAGUCCAACACGCAAAUUGAGAGUAUACCUGCAACUGUUUACGUUCAAUCGUAUCCCUCGAGCCGCUCCAUGCCGAUGCUUUCGGCGGUCGCCGCCCAGGACGUACCACCGCUCAUCUCAGCAUACACUCCGCUUCCUUCCCAUCUUCCUUCCUCGAGGAGUGCUCAUGCGAUACUGCCUUCUUUGACGAGCUACAAUACUUCACCCAUCAACCAAGUCGUUCCUCCACCUCCUCCUCCUCCGAUGCCUUUCCCCUCGGCACCCCCGAACUUCUCCGCGGCAGCAUCGAGCCCCACACGUCGUCAAGUGCUGGCCCCCUUGACGCCCCUUGUUCCCAUCCUCCCUCCUCAGACGCCCUUCUCCACCCCCGUCUCGGACGCGAUGCUCAACGCAAAGUGGAGCGAAGGCUUUCACAUGGGUCUAGCCGCUCGAGCGCGGUCCUCCUCUGAUGUCAACCAUCGCCAAAACGAUCAACCGCAACCACUACAUCAGCAAACCUUCCCUAGCGCUACGUCGUACUAUUCGUCGUCGUCUUCGGAACAGCAUCAGUCGCAGAUGUCGUCUCUUUUCGGGCGUCGUCCUUAG